AUGUCGUCUAUGCGGAACGCUGUUGACCGGCGCGUUCAUCGCGAGCGAGCGCAGCCUCUUGAGCGUCGUCGCCUCGGUCUGCUCGAGAAGCACAAGGACUACUCCAAGCGAGCCCAGGAUUACAACAAGAAAAAGGCACAGAUAAAGGCCCUGCGCGCCAAAGCGGCCGAGCGGAACGAGGAUGAAUUCUACUUUGGCAUGAUGUCCCGCAAGGGCCCCGGCAACCGUGUCAAGGACGGCAAGAGCUGGAGCGGCACCGUGCAGGGGGACCGAGGAAAUAAGAUACUCGAUAUCGAUACGGCCAGGCUGCUGAAGACGCAGGAUAUGGGCUACAUUCGCACCAUGAAACAGAUGGUAACCAAAGAAGUAGCGAGGCUCGAAGAGCAGAUUGUCAUGACGAGAGGCAUUGAUCGCUUAAACGAGGACGCGGAUGACGAAGACGAAUUUGACGGCUUCGACAGCAACGACGAUGACGAGCCUGCGCGAAAGAAGUCAAAGCCCAAAGCGGCACGAAAGAUCCUAUUCUUUGAUGACCAGGAGGCACAGGAGGACGCCAUGGAAGAGCACCUCGAAAUUGAAGAGCAAGAGACCGAUAAGGGCAAUGGUUCCACUGUCGACGAGAAAACGAAUGAGCAAGAGUCAGAGCGGGAAAAGUCGCUGCGGAGACUGAAACGGCAGCUUGAAAAUGCGCGGAAAAAGUUCACGGUCCUGACGGACGCAGAGCAGGCCCUCGAGGAGCAACGCGCAAAGAUGGCCAAGACGGCAACGUCCGGUGGCAGGACAAGGCGGGGGAAAAAGCUCAUGGUGCGUACGCGUAAGCGGUAG